GGAAGAUUGCCUGCUAUUUAUUAAAAUAAUCUUUUCUUAUGUUACGUUACGCUAAUGUAAGGGUUUCGCUUAGAAGUUAUUUGAUAAUUAAAAAGCGUAUGUAGGAAUUGUAUCUAUCUUGUAUAUUAAAAUCCAGUUACGGCAUUAUCAACAGUGAUCCGGUAAUUUGAAGUCAUGACUAUUGUAUCAGUGUUUACAACUGGAGUGUUAGUUUUCCAUACGGCCGUCGAAGUAAUAUGGCUUAUUAUAAUGCCGGGAAUGAAUUAAAUGCAACUAGUGCAGCCGAUAUCGUAGACGAGGACGAAAUCGUUGAUGAUCUAUCCAUAGUUCCUUUAGAUAAAGAUAGCUUCGCAAUAUGUGAGUUAUGUGGCCGCGUAGGCCGUCGCCGACAGUUUUAUCCUCGUAACAACAAGUUUUGUUCCCUGCGAUGCCACGCAAGUAGGACAAGACGGAAGCAUUGCAGCUGGAGAUUUAAACUCAUGGAGGGUGCCGAACACAUGGCGGGGCUCAUCCCUCUGGAGCCUCUGCCUCAGCUACAGCAGUGGCAUGCUACACUUAAUGACAUUCAGGCUGGUCCAAUUAAGCAGCCAGCAGCUCAAAUAGCCAACAGCUAUGAGUGGAAAGAUGAGCUCUUUGGCUGUGACUUCCUUGCAGCGCCAGUCAGUUUGUUCAAACAUGCUCCCCUACAUGAAAUGUGGGAUAAUACCUUUGAAGGAAUGAAAGUGGAAGUCAAAAAUACAGAUUGUGAUAACUAUUCAGAGAAAAUGAAUGACUUUUUCUGGGUUGCUACAGUAUUGAAAGUCAAAGGGUACAUGGGACUUCUGCGUUAUGAAGGAUUUGGUAGUGAUGAUUCAAAAGACUUUUGGGUGAACCUAUGUUGUUCUGAAGUGCAUCCUGUUGGGUGGUGUGCAACCCGUGGCAAACCACUUAUACCUCCACGAAGCAUAGAGGAUAAAUACACGGAUUGGAAGAAAUUCUUAGUCAAGCAGUUAACCGGUGCCCGCACAUUACCAGCUAACUUCUACACCAAAUUAAAUGACAGUCUUAAGUCACGGUUCAGUAUUGGCUCCAUAAUGGAAGUUGUGGACAAAAAUAGGAUAUCACAAGUUAAGGUUGCUAGUGUAGUAGAAAUUAUAGGUAAAAGGUUACAUGUGAAAUACUAUGAUAGUUCUCCAGAAGACAAUGGUUUUUGGUGCCAUGAGGACUCUCCACUCAUCCAUCCAGUUGGCUGGGCCUUCAGGGUCGGCCAUCCAUUGGAUGCCCCUCAGAGUUACUGUCAGAGGGUUGCUACAGGGAGGUUCUUGCCAAAUGACACCACGGCAGAUAUGUUCUACAAGUACCCUACAAAUGAGCCGCCGUUAUUUGUGGAAGGGAUGAAACUGGAAGCCAUUGAUCCUUUAAAUUUGUCAGCUGUGUGUGCUGCUACGGUUAUGCAAAUUUUGAAUGAAGGAUACAUGAUGAUCCGAAUAGACUGCUACCCAGCUGAUGCGUCGGGCGCGGACUGGUUUUGUUAUCAUCAAAGAUCACCCUGCAUAUUCCCUGUGGGAUUUGCUCUAGCAAACAAUAUACCGCUGGUGCCACCUGCUGGUUAUACGGCAGAAGACUUCAGCUGGGAGGAGUACCUAUGCGCGUGCGGCGGGCGCGCCGCGACGCGCACUCUGUUCGCCGCACGCGGCCACCUCGUGUCGCACGGCUUCGUGUGUGGCAUGCGGCUCGAGUGUGCAGACCUGAUGGACCCGAGGCUCGUGUGUGUGGCUACAGUUGCGCGGGUUGUCGCUGACCUCCUUAAGGUCCACUUCGACGGCUGGGGCUCGGAGUACGACCAGUGGCUGUGGGCGCACAGCACGGACAUGUACCCGGUGGGCUGGUGCCGCGCGGUGGCGCACCGCCUCGAGGGGCCCAUGCAGCCGCCGCCGCGCCAGGCGCGCAAGCCGCCGCCCAAGAACCACCGCCGGCGGCGCCGCCACCAUCCACCAAAAGCCCAGCCACAACCGCCGAAUACGAACGAAGACAGCUCUCAAAAUUCCGACAUGGGCGACACAAAAAGCUUAUCACCGCCCACUAGCGUGACCCCCCACUCCGAGGUCUCUGCCGACGUGGAAUCAAGACACGGCGACAUGGAAUCGAGACCUGACGACAUGGAUUCGAGACCUGAUGAGUCUGAAUCGAGACCAGAAGAGUCAAGACCGGAUGGGGAGACACCUGAAGAUAUGGAGUCGAGACCGGACUCGGAGCAGAGGGCAGACGAUGGCGAGUCGAGACAGGACGAUAAGAUGGAUGUGGAAGAAGCGGCUACAGAGACCUCGCAUGAGCGGCUCAGCGAUGAGACGAAUCAAGAGUCUAUGAGCAUACCGACGGACGCGUCGCAGGACUCGAGCGUGCACACGGGCCCCGUGUCGCCCGACACGUCGAGCCAGUCCGCCAGCGACAAGCUGAUCCCGCGCCUCGUGGACGCGGGGGUGCCGCGCGACCAGCUGUCCUCCGUGGAGCCCGAGAACUGGACGCCGGCCGACGUGGCGCGCUUCCUCGCCGUCAACGACUGCCAGCCCUACACCGACAACUUCACACACGUCACCGGCUCCCUCCUCCUCCAGCUCUCCAAGGACGAGAUCAUUGAACUCCUCGAGAUGAAGGUCGGCCCCUCCCUCAAAAUAUUCGACCUCAUCCAGCAGCUCAAAUGCAAGAUUAAACAACCUCAGUGUAGACUGAACUUCAAGUGAGGCGCGGCUUCGAACCGAGGACUCGAAGGUGACGGAAAACAGUGGCCUUUUAUGCACUUCCGGGAUGCACUUACAAAUAAUUGUGUCUUUACAGUGGUGAACAUGGGACCCUAUUUGACGCGAUAUACCGACGGCAUUUGCUCGUCCGUUUCACAUUACAGAGAGGUCUAAUAGGGUUGUCGUUUAUUUUUUAUUGUCAUACGCGAUACAGUUGCAAAAUGGGAUUUGACCGGUGAGGUUUGAGACACCGUGGGCGGGCCUUCUGUAUCCCUAUUGUACGAUUUGCAGCUAAACAGUGUAGAUUCUGUGUAAUCAAAUAAGCUGUCGCAAGUUUUAUUGCAUUAUUUAUACACCGGUCGUUACUGUCAUAUUUCUUGUAGUCAUAUUCCAGAAGUUAUAGCAUAUUUAACAUUCAACAUCGAAAUAUAUUGGGUUGGAUGGUAGCUUUAAGCAUUAAAUUUGCCAGUACCGGCUGCUUUACUUUUAUACUUCUAAACCAUAUUUAUUUUAAACGUAAAUAGGUUAUUUUAACUUUUUACUUAUUUGAUAUAUAUAAGAAAGGAGAAGCAAGGAUUUACUGUUAGUCAGCUGAAAUCCGAUCGUCAUUUAGGUGUAGGUUGUCAGCCUGUCACUGUUCUUACACUCAGAAUCGGGAUAAGCUAUAAUAAAGACGCAGUAUUCCUUGAGUAUACAUUAUAAAUAUUCUGUCAGUGCUUCGUGGUAAUUUUUUGGCGCCCGAAAACUUGAAAACUUUUACAUAAUGCCUUGAGAUAAUUAUCUUCGUUAGUGCCUGUAGCGCCUACAAAAUUUAUAUUUAUCUUUCAAUUGACUAGUAUAAAAGACAUUUGAUGGUGAACGGGAAAGACUAUAUUCCGGCAUUGAAAAUCAUGGUAAAAAAAAAAACAAAAUUGAGACUUCACUCUCCUAGUACGGAGAAAUGCAUCUCCUUAGUUUAUUAAUAUGCAUGAAUAACUAGUUAUUUGGUCAGAUGAAUACAUUAUGAAUAGUGUAUUUAAAUAUGUGAUAAAUCCCAUUUUGCUUAGAAGCAAUAAUAGUUACGGUGCUUAGUGUUAUUAAUUACCUUUGCUAUUUUAGAGGUAGAUGCUUACCUCCAAGCGUGUUAGCUAUUUUAGUGGUAUCUUUAUUUGAAACAGUAUCUCAGUAAUUGUGUACUAUAGUCAUAUUUUUGUAUGUAGAAUAUGUCUGCCAUAUCAAGAUACUGCCAGUUAACGCAAGGGAUGUUGUACUAUACUUAUUUCGUGUGAGUGUGUUGAAUAUUAAAGCUGAUGUGAGAUAGGCAUACUUUAUAAAAUGUAAAAUUUAUACAAUAUUACAGGAAUGUAUUAACAAGUAUAUUUCUUCGGAAUUACCAAAUGCCUUAGAAGUUUAUACACAUACGAAAUUAUUUUUGUGUGAAACUGACAUUCGCAAAAUCAUACAAUGCACACAGUAUGACAGUAUGUAGUGCAUAAAAAAAUACUGAUUUUUAUUUAUACCAAUUUCUUUUACAUUUCAUAUUAAUACUGUUCAUUGUACUGCAUACGUUUUGUACUGGUUUUGAAAACUGCCAUCUUAAUAUAAUAUUACGAUGAUCAUUACAAUUUUCAAAAUUAGUAAAAUUUUAUUCAACAUUCAUCUCUUCUUGAUCAUCUCUUGCCAAAGUUUUAUUUAAAUCGUCACAAUC